AUGGUUAAAUACACCGGUUUACUUGUAGCUUUAUUGGUCACUGUUUCGACUGUAAGCUCACUUCCAACCCCUCAAUCAUGGUUACCACCUGGCUGUGAUGUUGGAUUAAAGGGAAACGUUGGAUGUGGUAAUACUGGCAAAGGGAAUGUUGGAAAUAACAACGGUGGUAAUGGAAAUGUCGGCAGUGGAAACGGAUACGGUUCAUCAGCGGGUACCAACGGCAACAAUAACGUCGGUAGCAAUAAUGGCGCGUAUGCUGGUGGAGUUAACAACGGCAACAAUAACAUCGGUAGCAGUAAUGGUGCUAUUGUCGGUGGAAGCAAUAAUGGAAAUAAUAAUAUUGGCAGUUGGAAUGGAUUCUAUGAUGGUGUAGGAAAUGCUCCUGACGGAACUUCGGGAAAUAAUAACGGUAACAACAACCUUGGAAGUCUUAACGGAGCAUACAAUGGAAAUUAUAAUGGUGGUAGCGAUAACGGAAAUAAUUCGGGAAAUAAUAACUUGGCAAGUGCGAAUGGAAGCGGUAAUGGAAACUUUAAUGGACCUUAUGGAUCACACAAUGGCAAUGAUAAUGGAAAUGAUAAUGGUCCUCAAAAUAUUGUAAACUGGAUCUAG